UAACUGCUUCCUGUUGCUUACCAGUCAACUGUCGGCUGUUUUUAAAUCUGAGAGGAUGUCCGAACUGAUGAGAACUACGCCGAAUAGUUCAUCUCAGGAGAAUGGGUCAUUUGUGGUUGAAGUAUGUUCCAUUCACCAUUCCAUCGACCAGUGGUUAUUUCCAACUGUCUAUAUCUUGGUGUUCCUCCUGGGCCUGCCGAUAAACUGCAUCGCCCUUUACACAGCCUACAAGCAAGUGAGACGCAAGAACGAGUUAGGAGUAUACCUCUUCAAUCUAACCCUGGCUGAUCUGCUGUAUAUACUAACCCUGCCAUUCUGGAUUGAUUUCACUGUGCACGAUGAUGACUGGCGAGCUGGGACCGAAAUGUGCCAGAUCUGCUCCUUUUUGACCUACACCAAUUUGUAUGCAAGCACCGCCUUCUUGUGUUGUAUCUCCUUUGUCCGAUACCUCGGGGUGGUCCACCCUCUGAGGGUGGCUGGAGCCCGCACAAUGCGAGCAGCAAUCACAAUUAGCUGCAUUGUCUGGGCCAGCCAGUCAGCUUCCAAUCUUGAACUGUUGAUCAGGCCGGAGAUUGCCAAUGACUCCAACCAUCACCGGUUGUGUUAUGAUAUCUACCCGAUUGAGCCUUGGAAGGCAAAGCUGAACUAUUUCAGGAUAACCUUUGGUUUUCUGCUCCCGUUAACCCUGAUCCUCGUCUUCCACUGCAGAAUUUACUGCUCGCUGAGGGACAAUAUCGCCACUCUGAACCACGAGAAGAGAAGGGCAAUGCAGCUGAUGCUAGCCAUCACGGUGGGGUUCACCAUCUGCUUCACCCCCUACCACAUUAUGCUUUUGGUCCGGAACAUCAUGGAGAAAACCUGCAGCAUUGUAAAUUACACCUUCGUCCCUUACCGAUUAUCAGUGGCUCUUGUCUGCUUAAACUGCAUCCUGGACCCCGUGCUGUAUUGUUUUGUGAGUGAGACAGCACGCAGGGAUAUCCUGCUGCUCACACUGCGAAGAAAAGAGAAAAGGACCAGUAGGGGCAGGCAAUCUCAAACAUGCAAUGUGUCGGUUACUACAAUACAUUAAUGUCUAAUAAAACAGAGAAUGCUGGAAAUAUCUGGCAGGCCAGGUAGUAUCCAUGGGAAGAGAAACAGACUUAACAUUUCAGGUAGACCUUCCAUUAGAACUGGAAGAAGUUAAGUUUUUAAGCAAGUUCAGAGCCAGGAAACAGGAGGACUGGGAGGAAGAAGCUUCGAAUGAUUCCAACCUGAGUUCAGAUUGAGGAAUAAACAUUAAUAUAUUAACAAGUCAAAUGUUCUAUUUAUUGAUUGAUAAUUAUGGAAAAAAUGAAAGGAAUUGUGGAAUUCUACUCUGGAGUAACCCGGUUAAGCCCAAGUAUCCCAAUUUAAUAAAUAUUUAUUCUUUCAUGGGAUGUGGGCAGCACUGGCAAGACCAGCAUUUGUUGCCGAUCCCCAAUUGCCUUUCCAGGAUUUCUGGGCAGUUAAGAGUUAGCCACCUCGCUGUGGGCCAGGCCAGGUUAGCUCAGCAGAUUUCAUGCUGUAAAGGACAUUAGUGAACCAGAUGGGUUUUUGUGACAAUCAAUGAUAGUUUCAUGGUCACCAUUACUGAGACAAGCUUUAUAUUCCAGAUUUAUUAAUUGAAUUUAAAUUCCACCAGCUGCCACCGUGGGAUGUGAACCCAUCUCCCCACCAUAUUAGCCUGGGCCUCUGGUUUACAUAGUCUAGUGACAUUACUACUAUGCUAUUAUCUCCCCUGAAAGGCAGCAUUUGUCUACUUCAGUCCCCAGGAACUAAUAGGCCUGCCUGUUCACUGUAGGCUCAGUUAGCUACCCCAAAAGCUGUUUGUUUAGCCACUGCUUGUGGUUGGCUUGAAUGUCUCUUGGUCUCAGCUUCCUUCAUAAUCACAGUAUAAUUAGUCAAGUUGCAAAGUAUUCAAACCCAGUCUCGGAGGGUUAACAAAGUGAUCCUCACCUGCCCUGUUCAAAUCAUCUUGUAGUGCAUUAAGUAAAUAGAGUUACUACCUGCUCGUUUACAUAUAUGAUGCAAUAAAUGGCCUUGUAGAAUAUAGCAUGCUUGAAUAAAACAGCACAGAAGGAAGCUAUUCAAUCUA